UCACAUAACCUUGAAUUGCUAUGUUCAAUGCAAUUGGGCGAUAAUUAAAGUUAAAAGGUUGAUGGGUUUUUCUCACUUACUAUCGAGUCCCUUCUUGUCACUAUGAAAAACAAAUUCGAACCACUUAUUUGUCCUGUUUGCUUGAAGAAUGUCUAUUUUGCAGAAGAAGUUAGGGCUAUGGGUCGUGCAUUUCAUAGACAAUGUUUUAAAUGCUGUCAGUGUUCCAGGGGGUUGGACAGUUUUACUGCAAAUGACCACAAGGGUUCUUUGUAUUGCAAGAACUGUUAUGCAAAAAAUUAUGGACCUCAUGUCUAUGGUUUUUCAACAAAUGGCGUAUCAGUUAAAAGCUCUUAUGAUCUUCGAGACUUUACUAAAUCGAAUGAUUGUACAAAUUCACACAUUCCAAUGAGUUACUCUCAGAAUCAUCAUCAGCAGCAGCAACAGUAUAAUCAUAAUCAUAAUUAUCCUUCUCAAGAAAAUUCACCUAAUUGGGAUUAUACUGGGAAUUAUAUCCCACGAAAUAUUAGAACACGAUGGUCUAGUGGAGGUUAUGGAUCAUCUAAUCGUUGUGCAAAUUGUCCAGAUAUUGUGUAUGCAAAUGAACGUGUUGAUGCAGUUGGUAAAGUUUUUCAUCGAUUAUGCUUUAAAUGUACUGAUUGUCAACGUCUACUUGAUCGUGGAACAGCAUGUGAUCAUAAUCGUGAAGUAUUCUGUCAAAACUGUUAUACGAAAAAUUUUGGUUCUAAAGGGUUGAAAGCAGGUACUAAUCUACGCUGCUGUUAAUAUUUUAUACAGAUGAAAAAGAAAUCACAUUAAAACCACCUAAACUUCGCAUAUAUAUAUAUAUAUACAUCUCAUACUAUCUAUUUAAUAUUUGGUUCAAUGGUUUCAUGGGUGUAAUUCAAUGAUCAAUGGAAUUUUGUUCAAUCCUAAUGUCUAAAUUUUCAUCUACAUAUUAGAAAAAAAACAUUUUCAAUUAUUAUGCUUGACUUUUUUUCGUCUACUUUUUAAUACUUCAUUAUGAUAAAAUGAUGUUACAAGCUACUAAUGUGGAUAUAUUCUGUUUGUAGCGAUCAUUGAAACAUUGAACAUAUAUUGCGCCUAAUUUGAACAAUGGGAAAUUAGAAUGCAAUUUUUUAAACUCUUUACAUAGACAAACAGUCUUUAUCGCUUUUCUAUCAGUUCGCUUGUACGUUCACAGUGAUACUUUUUAGUCAUUUUAAUAGAAGAAUAUUUCAUGUGUUUGUUUUUGUAGAUUGAACGUUUUUUUUUCCCAUCGCUUAUAUCUAUGUAAUGUUCUGUUAUAGUCAUUCCAUUAAGUGAAAUUUGUAAUUUUUCCUAUUCUGUGUUCAACUUGAUCACUAAAGAAAAUUAUCAGGGAGGUUAUCUCGAAUGAUUGAGAAUAAAAUUAUAUCUUAUUGGGAGAAA